CCUUCACGUGAACUCCCUCUCUCACAGCGGGGCACCAAAGCCGUUUACGUCAGGGCCAGACAGGAAGGAGAAAGCGGCUCCUCUACCCUGCAGGAACACGCUCUGCACACCCGAGGUCACUCUGAUCCGUGGUCCAGUUAUUAUUCGCGCCGUGCCGGUUCGCAGGCACCAUGACCAAACGCUAUCUCUGAGAGGAGGAGGAGGGAGAGGAGCUGAUCUCCAUGGCAGACAUCAGCCCGUGCGGUUGCGCCGUCGCCCGUGCAGCGGCCCACUGUGAGCGAAAAUAAUUCAACGAGAGGACGGGAGAUGACAAGCCGCCGCCGAGCAUCGCUGCUCGGCCUGUCGGCGCUCCUGCUGCUCGUCACCUCCAGACACCAAGCGGGCUCCGCGGCAGCGCCAGAGGCGCGCGGCGCGGAGUCAGAUAACCGGAGUCGGGACAGCAGGCCAUCAGCUCAGCUCAAGGAGGUAACAGGCCAUGUGAGCAGCAGACGCACUAACACCUCCGAGAAGCUGGGACUGAAGCCACGCGAAGAGGCGUCACCCAUCUGCGCCUACAGGGUGGUGGAGUCGGGCAUUUGGGGGCCGCUGUGUUUUCGACGCGCGCUGCUCGGGUACAGGUGCACCAAGGAGGACUGCAGGACGCAGGUGACGUCGGGCAACCUGGUGGCAAACCUGCUCCUCAACGGCAGCGUGCUGUUACAGUGGACCCACCAGGGGGGCAACGAGACUAACGGGGGCCUUCCCGAGCAGCCGCGCGCCUCUGGGGCAGGAACGUCUCCGCCGCCGCCGCCGGUUUUCGGGGAGCGGCGCCACCAGCGCGCAGGCUUCGAGCUGAGCUGCUGGUGGAACGGCAGCUACACCCAGUUCGAGUGCGCCGGCGUGCAGCUGGCGUCGGGCUGCCGGGACUACAUGCUGCCCGAGCUGCACGAGAACAUCCCGUACCGGAUCUGCCUGCGGCCCCUGGCCCGGUCCGGCCCGGAUCGGAAAGCGGAGCAGCGGGACUGCGUGGAGUUCACGCUGCCGCCGUCGGGCAUGCAGGACAUUGUGAUCGCCAUGACGGCGGUAGGGGGCGCUAUCUGCGUGAUGCUGGUGAUCAUUUGUCUGCUGGUGGCCUACAUCACGGAAAACAUCAUGACCCCCGCUACGCAACACUCCUACUCCUACCGCACUCAUUCGCGUCACUGAUGGACUAAUUACGCAGCAACAUGUCCCGCAGUCAUUGUCACAGAGAUAGUUAUUUUCCAGUAUUGAGCACAGGUGCUUCUCAAUAAAUUAGAAAAACUACUUCGUUUCAGCAAUUCA